AUGUCCGACUGCACCGCUCCCCACACGGCGCAACCAAUGUCCAGCGACUGGGCAGCAGCCUUCCAGGCAAGAUUUGACGCCAUAUGCAGGCGAUUCUGGGAACACCUGGAAAACAGGCGCCAGCCACCAGCCCCAACACAGGUCAGCAUUAUGGCCAGAGCACCACCAACACAGCAGCCAGCCAAGGAUCUGUCCUCUGAAUGGUGAAAGACCAAGGCGCAGUCGGAGGGGCACCAGCUGGUCAAAGCAACUAACAGAACUACCAGCUAUCAACAUGACGGCCCAUCAGGGACUAGAGCCACCCCUAAUCACCACCAACGCCUGCGAAGGAGAGCACGAUGUCAGCGGAAACAUGCAACUCCGUGCAGCCCCACACCGGGGAAGGACUCAGCCCCAGAAAUGA